AUGCGCGCGGGCCGCUGGCGUGACGCCCGAACGCUCCUGGAGACGGAGCCGUUUCACCGAGACAACUCCGUCGCGUCGUUGCAAAAGCUCUGCCUCGGCGAAUGCCGCGUCAAGUGCCACGACGACGCCGCGGCACUCGGCGCCUUCCGCGAGUCCCUGGACCUCGCGCCGUCGGCGGCCGCCGAGCUCGGCGCGGCGCGCUGCCUCGCGCGCCUCGGCCGCGACGCCGAGGCCGCCGCGGGGCUGCGCCGCGCGUUGUUCCGACGCGCGCUCCCGGAAGAACAAAUCGCAACAGUCACGCUCGAGGCCGCGGAGAGCGAGUGCCGCGCGGGGCGCCCGCGCGCCGCGGCGGCCUGGCUGCGCCUGAGCCGGCGCCGCGGCGCCGCGACGCCGGAGUCGCGCGCGCUCGAGGGCGUUUUGACCGGGCGGCGCGUCGGCGACGACGACUGCUUCCUCGCGCGCGCGGCCUUUGCCGGGCGCCGCGACGGCGCCUUCCUCGACCGGGUCCGCGCGAACGCGUGGUGCGUGCACGACCCCGCGUACCGCGCGCUCGACGACAAGGUCGCGCUCCACCGGCGGAUUACGGAGCGCGGCGACGCGGCGCUGCGCGCGACGUGGCCCGAGGCCCGCGAGCUGCCCUGCGCCGAAGAGUUCGACGACGACGGCGGCGGCGGCGACGCCGUGACCUGGGUCGCGAAGCCGCGGCGCGGCUACGGCGGCGGCGGCGUCGUCUUCCACGGCUCCUGGGCGGAGGCGACGAGCGCGGGCCACGGCGCCCACCUCGCGCAGCGCUACGUGGCGCCCCUGCUGCUCCGCGGCCGCGCCGCGAGCCUGCGCGCCUACGUCGUCGUGCGCGGCGGCGACGCGUGGCUCGCGGCCGACGGCGUCGUGCGCUUCGCGCCGCGGGACUACGGCGACGGCCUCGACGGCGCGGUCCACGCGACGAACGCGGCGCAGAGCCUCUUGGACGGCGCGGACCUCGCAGAGGAGGACUUCGGCUGGGCCCGGGACCGCGUGCCGGGCUGGGAGUCGCGCGCGUGGCCGCGCGUCGAAGCGGCCGCAGCCGGCGUCGCGCGCCUCGCGCGGCUCGCGGGCUCUUCGCCCCUCGUGCCGGGCCUGCCGAAGAUCCUCGGCCUCGACUUCGCCGUCGACGGCCGCGGGGACGCGUGGCUCCUCGAGGUCAACGCGACGCCGGGCCUCGCGCCGCGCGCCGCGACGGACGGCCGGGUCAAGGAGGCCGUCGUCGCCGCGGCCUGGGACCUGCCGCCGCGCUCCCGGGACUCGCUCCUCCGGCCGCUCGCGCUUCCGCCCUGA